GGGGCUCGGCAGCCCAGAGAGCUGCGCUGAGGCCGCGCCGGGACCGCGGAGAGCGCAAGAGCCUCGUAGGCUGCGGACCUGGAAGGAAGGAGCCGCCGCCGCCUGCUGCCGCCCACCCGGAGAGAGCCCAGCCUGCUCCAGCCAUGAGUCUCCCGGCCCCGCGAGCCCAGCCACGGUCCGAGCAGCGUUCCGCCGGUGCCCUGGCCCGUACGGCCGCAGCUACGCGCCUGUAGCCGCAGGGGGCUGCGAUGGGACGGGAGCCAUGAAUGGUGCCGCCCCCGGCCCCAGUGCCGCUGCCACCCCCACCCCGGUCCCAGACUGGCGGCAGUUCUGCGAGCUGCAUGCACAAGUGGCCGCCGUGGACUUCGCGCACAAGUUCUGUCGCUUCCUGAGGGACAACCCAGCCUACGACACUCCCGACGCCGGGGCCUCCUUCUCGCGCCACUUCGCUGCCAACUUCCUGGACGUCUUCAGCGAGGAGGUGCGACGAGUGCUGGUGGCAGGGCCAGCUUCACGGGGCAUGUCAGAGCCCGAGGCCAUGGAGCCCGAGGUGGCAGCAUCCCCAGGCCUCAAGGUAGCCACUUGUGGCCACUCUCGCAGCUCGGAGGAUGUGUCUGGCUCGGCCACCAAGGCCCGUGCCCGCAAAGGCUUCUCACUGCGCAACAUGAGCCUGUGCGUGGUUGACGGCAUGCGUGAUAUGUGGCACCGCCGUGCCUCCCCGGAGCCUGACACGAGCACUGCCCCUAGAGCAGCAGAGCCUCCGGCUGAGCCACGUGACAAGUGGACAAGGCGCCUGCGGCUGUCACGGACCCUGGCGGCCAAGGUGGAGCUAGUAGACAUUCAGCGUGAGGGUGCACUGCGCUUCAUGGUGGCUGAUGACGCGGCCACAGGGCCUGGAGGCACUGCACAGUGGCAGAAGUGUCGCCUACUCCUGCGCAGAGCUGUCGCUGGGGAGCGAUUCCGCCUGGAGUUCUUUGUGCCACCCAAGGCUUCCAGGCCCAAGGUGAGCAUCCCCCUGUCGGCCAUCAUCGAGGUCCGCACCACAAUGCCCCUGGAGAUGCCAGAGAAGGACAACACAUUUGUGCUCAAGGUGGAGGACGGAGCCGAGUACAUCCUGGAGACCAUCGACUCGCUACAGAAGCACUCGUGGGUGGCUGACAUCCAGGGCUGCGUGGACCCUGGUGACAGUGAGGAAGAUGCAGAGCUGUCCUGCACCCGGGGAGGCUGUCUGGCCAGCCGUGUGGCCUCCUGCAGCUGUGAGCUCCUGACAGACGACCUACCCCGGCCCCCAGAGACAACAGGAACUGUGGGCACAGUGGUGACAGCCCCACACAGCCGUACUCGAGACACCCUCGGAGAGUCCCUGCCACACGUCCCACUAGAGACCUUCCUUCAGACCCUGGAGUCCCCAGGGGCCAGUGGUGACAGCAAUAAUACAGAAGAGAAUGUAGAGCCAGAUCCUGAGGUGGAGCCCAAGCUGGAACUGUCCGACUACCCCUGGUUCCAUGGGACACUGUCACGUGUCAAGGCGGCGCAGUUGGUGCUGGCAGGCGGGCCUCGGAGCCACGGCCUCUUCGUGAUCCGCCAGAGUGAGACCCGACCCGGGGAGUAUGUGCUGACCUUCAACUUCCAGGGCAAGGCCAAGCACCUGCGCCUGUCCCUGAAUGGUCAUGGCCAGUGCCACGUGCAGCACCUGUGGUUCCAGUCCGUGCUGGACAUGCUCCGCCACUUCCACACUCACCCCAUCCCCCUCGAGUCAGGGGGCUCUGCCGACAUCACCCUAAGAAGCUAUGUGCGGGCCCAGGGCCCCCCACCUGACCCGGGGCCGUCGCCCAGCGCCGCGCCCGCGCCCGCCUCCUGCUGGGUCGAGCCCGCCGGCCAGCCCUAUUUCUCCAGCCUGGCCGCAGCCCCCUGCCCGCCCGCCUCGCCCUCGGACGCAGCGGGCGCCUCGUCCUCCUCCGCCUCGUCGUCCUCUGCCGCGUCCGUACCCGCGCCCCCGCGCGCCCCCGAAGGCCCUCUCAGUGCGCGCAGCCGCAGCAACAGCGCCGAGCGCCUGCUGGAGGCCACGGCCGGCUCGGUGGAAGAGACCGCCGAGGCGGCGCCAGGACGCACCCGCGCGGUGGAGAACCAGUACUCCUUCUACUAGCCGGGGAGAGCGGGCCAGGCUGGCGUCACUACAGGCCCCGCCUGCCUGCGGCACGCCCCGCCCACCGGCGGCACGCCCCGCCCACCGGCCCUAGCCGUUGCUGGGGGAAAAGAGAAGCUCUUCAGUGAAGACAUAAAUGUUAUUAAAGAGCCUG